CGAAGCGCCUUGAAAGAACGUCACGUGUGUAUCGUGCCGGUGUGCGUCGUAGACGGACGCACAGACAGAGUCAACGUUUUCUCGGAGUCGCUCUCAAGUGUCCCGCGAGUUCGAUUUCCGAUGCCUUCGAGCUGUUCGAGAACGGGAAGCUUCAUCUCGCUUUAAUCGUUCGCGUUACCGUUCGUUGCGCGCCGUGAAUGAAUGCGGACAAGAGUCGACUUCGCAUAUUCUCCGUUGAGAAGUGAUUUCAACGAGAUUAUAGCGCGCGCCUUCGAUUUCUGCCGGUCCGCGUGUUGUACUCCUUUGAUCAGAGAUGUUCGCCAACGCGGUGCAGGCGAAGGUGGCGUCGAUGGUGCUAAUCGGCGCCGGCAGUUUCAUCGUCGGCAUCACGCCCGCCUGCUUCGUCUCGCACGCCGAGCACCUACAGAAGAAGUUACUGCUGUCCUGCACUUUGUGCUUCGGUGCCGGUGUCCUGCUGGCCACCGCGAACCUCCACAUGCUGCCGGAAGUGCGCGAGGAUCUCCCGAAUCACGCGGAACUGGUGUUCUCCUGCGGUUUCCUCCUACUCUAUUUGAUCGAGGAGUGCGUACACUAUUUCUGCCCGGGCGGCGGUCACGAGGACGAAGCUGGUCCUCGUAAUCUUGGUCCGAGAAACACGCACGAGAGAGGCGCGAGCUGUCGCAGCCACUCGCACAGUGUCGGUUACAAUGCCGCCGGCACACAAGACGGCAAGGUUUACAUACCCGAGGGUGAUUCGAGAUUACCGCUCGUCUAUCGGCAGCUACCCGUUGCCAGCAGCGGCAAUAGCGCGUGGACCGUCAGCAGUUACGGCGCGACGGGAUGCACGCAUAACGAUCGCCCGGCGAACGAGGAAGCCGCGUUUCUGUGCCACACACACCACGGCGAGCAAUGCGCCGACUCCAGCACCGGCCUUACCGGUCUGGCCCUCGCCCUGACUGUGCACGCCGUGCUCGAGGGCCUCGCGAUAGGACUGCAAACGCAGAUUGCAGAGGUGCUGCUGUUGACCGGCGCGGUGGCGUCGCACAAGUUUGUCGUCGCCUUUUGCCUGGGAUUGGAAUUGACGGGCGUCAGCAAGUCUGUUGCUAAGUUAAUAUUUGCGAUUUUUCUGUUCGCCAGCGGAUCCGUGCUCGGAAUCGGCAUUGGUAUGCUGACGUUUCAGGUGGACACGGAUUGGUCGAAAAUGGUACUGCCGAUUUUACAAGGUCUGGCGGGCGGAACAUUGUUGUACGUUACUGUGAGCGAGGUUCUACCGAGGGAAAGAGCGAAAUGGCACAAGAGCCCGCGCAGAUUUGCAGGAAUAUUGCAGUUUUUGUCGGUAGCCGUCGGAUUCGUUCUUAUUUUCCUGCUUAACAAGUAUCUGGCCGCGUGAGCCGAUUGCUGAAUCCUUCAAAUAAUUAGAAGGGUACAACUAGUUUGUCAGGCGGAUCGCAAUUACGCGAAAUCGAAUUUCCCUCGUUUUGCGCAACGCUGAUUGCGCCUAGCAUACGUAAAUAAGUCUCGCGAUAUGUAGCCGAAUCAGUGUUACAAUAUUGAAAAGUUCGCUGACAACAGAGUGUUGAAAAUUCUUCCCUGAAUUUUCACGAAGAUAUUGUAUAGAACGUUCGUAAAAGAUACGAUUAAUAUCGCAAGACAUUUUGCUUGAUUUGAUAUCAUUUUCAAGACUAGCCGAUAACGUAAUCUCUUAAUUGACUGUUUACGUAUUGAAGAUACUACAUUUUGUUAUUAAAUUACUAUUCGAGUCUCUUCGUUUGCGACGAACAACGACUUCUCGACUUUUCAUAUUAUCACGGAGAAACAACACAGGGUUGGGAAAGUUAUUUUGUAAAAUUAUCUAGUUACAGUUACAGUUUUUUUUUCACUGAAAAAGUAACCAGUUACAGUUCGAAGUAACUAACCUACAAGAAUAACA